AUGUUUCAAAUAGGUCAGAAUAUCCUGGUGACAGGCACCAACCAGGGAAUUGGAUUUGGACUGGUGAAAGAGCUGGUGAAAACGAAUCCUUUUCCAGGCCAUAUUUUUGCAACUUGUAUGAACCCUCGUGGACCUGAAUCAAAGGCUUUGCAGAAUUUUGCUAGUCAGCAUGACAACAUUCACGUGGUUCAGUUAGAUGUGACAGACCUUUCCAGUAUAAAGCAGGCUGCAUCAGAAGUGGAAUCCCAUCUGAAAGGACAAGGGCUCAAUCUGCUAAUCAACAACGCUGGCAGAAAUUCCCAAGCCUUUUUUCUGGAAAACGUUGAUCAGGAAGAUAUGUUGUUGUCAUACAAGAUCAAUACAGUGGGACCUCUCCUUGUUGUCAAGGAAUUCCUGCCUCUCCUGAAGAAGGUUGCCAAGGAGACCACAAAAGAAAACAUGGGAGGCCACACGGCAGUUGUGGUCAACAUAUCUUCUCUCAUUAGCUCCAUUGGGCAGGGUUUUAAAACUGAAAUAGAAUUUCCUCCAUUGUACCAAUAUCGUGCCAGCAAGACAGCACUGAACAUGGUCAAUGCCUGCCUUGCGGUGGAACUGAAAAAAGAUGGAAUUACAUGUGUUCUGCUCCAUCCUGGAUGGGUGAAGACUGAAAUGGGAACAGACGUGGCCCCUGUGACAGUGGAGACCAGUACUAAAGGUUUGGUGAAGGUCAUCGCUGGCUUAGAUUCAUCAUCAUCUGGCACUUUUCUGGAUUACGAGGGGAGAAACAUAAUCUGGUGAACAGAAUAAG